AUGGCCCAUCUCAAGGCUCAAAAGCAGGCGACUUUCAUCAUUCGCGGAGAAAUCUGCAGAUCAGGAAAGGUUUUCAGGCAAGCAGCUCAUCAGAAUCUGAAUCCCGCUGUGGCGCAGGAGCUCACGAGGGAGGACGAAAAGGGCGAUAUGGGUGCUGUGGUUUACAGACAGGCCGGGAUGGUAGACAAUGUCUGGAGAGCUGUGGGCAAGCUCAAGGGCCAAUAG